GGGCGGAAUGGGGCGGGCCGGGACGCUGCCAUUGGCUCUCCAGGCAGGGCACGAUUGGGGAGGCCAAUUGGAGAAAAGGAGGAACGAGCCGAGGCGGGGAAGUGGGGCUGUGUGGGGUGGGCCGGCGGCGAGGCGCGUGCGGCCCACCCCCAGCUCUCCCCGGGACUCGUGCGGCAGAGGCAGCCGCAGCCUCCGGCACCACCGCCCCGACAGCCGCCCCCCUUCUUCCUCCCCGCCUGCCACCCCGGCCCCCGCCCCGCCCCGCGCGCGCCCAGCGCGUGGGGAUGAAAAAGGGGGACGGGAGGAGGACGCCUGGACAGCGCCCAAGACUAAAGGGAGGGGAGAAAGGAGGGGGGAGCAGGGCGGGAGCGCCCGCCCCAGUGGGGCUCGGCACGUUUGGCUCCUGGGAGGGAGGGCGUUGGGGCUCCAUGUGCAUUUAAAAACAAGACACCCGGGCCGCGGCCGGAAAAGCGCAGCCACAAGCGAGCCAGCCCGCAGCGAGCCGGCGAACGCCCGCCGGCGGCCUGCAGCACGCGCGGGACGCGAGAGCCCCACGCGCUGCCCGACAGUCGCGGCCACCUGCGCGCCCCAUCGAUCGCACGACCUGGCAGUCCUGCCCGUCCGGUCCCCGCGGGCCCCGGCUGGGCACGGCAGCUCUAUCCUUCCGACCACAGCGGGAGACCAUUGCCCGCGAAGGAGGCGGCCUCGGCGGCCCUGGCCGGGGCCGCUGCGUGGACGGGCCGGACCGGACAUGGACAGUUGUGGAAGAGCGCUGCGCCAGAUGGUGCCCCCCUCGGGACCUCCGGCCCGGGGCUGCUCGCUGGACUCGGACUGUCAGAAGUCGCCAUCCCGUGUGGCCCCCGGCGCCUACUCUCCGCCCGGCCAGGUGCCUCUCCACGCGUCCCUGAGGGUUGCCCGGCGGCGGCGGCCCGCGUCCCCGGAGCUGCUGCGCUGCAAGCGGCGAGCCGCUCCGGCACCCGGGGCACCGAGCCCUCUGGGCCUGCAGCUGCAGCCUCCGGCUCCGCAGCAGCAGCCCCGGCCCGACCCGAGCCCCGGGGUAGGAGCGGCCGCCGUGGCCCGGCGCAAUGAGCGCGAGCGCAACCGCGUCAAGCUGGUGAACCUGGGCUUCCAGACGCUGCGGCAGCACGUACCCAACGGCGCGGCGAGCAAGAAGAUGAGCAAGGUGGAGACCUUGCGCUCGGCCGUCGAGUACAUCCGGGCGCUGCAGCAGUUGCUGGCGCAGCAAGACGCCGCGGGCGCCGCUUUCCCCGCCGGCCUUCUGGGCGCGGGGCCCACGGGACCUGCGGGGUCCCCGCAGCCCCACGGAGCCCCGUGCGGGGGCACUGGGGGCCCCUGCGCCUACUCCAGCGCCUACGCGUCGGGCUCAUCCUGCUUCGACUCGCCGUCUCCAGGCCGAGAGGGCAGCUCGGUACCCGGCUCCCCCCACUCGCCUUACUCGUCAGACGAGAGCGGCUACGAGGGGGUGCUGAGCCCCGAGGAGCGGGAGCUGCUGGAUUUCACCAGUUGGUUCGGGGGCUACUAAGAGGGCGUGUGCGCAGCCCCCCGAGCUCGACUGAACGCCGAGAGGACCCAGGCAGUACCUCGGCGAAAGCCUGACCUUGCCACCUGCCUGGCUGCUGGGCGGCGAGGGACCAAGAAGCCUGUACUUUGAGCCCUGCCUGGAGCCGGCUGUACAGACUUGGGGGGCGGGGAGCGGGGGCAGGCGAGGGGCUAGAGCAAGCUCGCGCCCGGGAGCCAGUCCGGAAGGUCCGGCCUGCCUUGCACCUGGAGCCUCGCUUCCACCUGGAGCCUCGCUUCCACCUGGAGCCUCCCUUCCACCUGGAGCCUCGCUUCCACCUGGAGCCUCCCUUCCUUCUCUCCGCCUUGACUUUUUGUUAGUAUUUUGUGCUCCCCCCGCUUCUCGGUGGGGACCCGGGCUUCUGAGGACGUGGAGACCACUCAGCAGGAGAAGGGUUUGGGGAGCUGGAGCUUCGGAACCGAACACGUGACGGUGGGAGGGGCUACCCUCUCGGGGCCCUCUCGCCCGGCUCCUGGGCGCUCCUGACCUGGCCCUGGCUGCGGUGGAUGAAGGAUUGAAGGCACCAGGCAGGCGGCCUCGCGCGGCGCGGUCUGGCCUGUACAUAAUACCCUAUUUUAUGGAAAGCGGAUUUUAUAAAUAAAACAAUCUAUUUAUACCGUGAUCGGCUCUGAGGGAGGAGAAAUUUGUUCCGGGGGAGAAGGGGCAGUCUCCCUUUCGUGCCCAUUAGACAGCUGGGGAGACUGAGGUGCUGAAGUGAGUCCCGGGGCCCUCAGUGGAGUC